AGUUGGAGAAAGAUGGCGUCGACUUUACUGAGAAGGUUUUCAGCAUUAAGAAGUGAUUUAACUUUGCCAUUAACGUCUCUUCACAGAAAGUUUUUGAGCAAUGGGACAAAGGUUCUGUGUCAGAGCAGCCCUCCCCAAGCCGGGUUUUUCCCUGCGAAUGAAGGAGUGAUGUUGCUGCCCGGUUCUUUCAAAAACAAAGUGGCCUUCAUCACGGGCGGCGGCACGGGUUUGGGGAAAGGAAUGGCCACUGUAUUGUCCACGCUGGGUGCUGAAUGUGUCAUUGCAAGCAGAAAGCUGGAUGUGUUGCAAAAGACUGCUGACGAAAUAUCAAAUCAGACAGGAAAUAAGGUCCAUGCUGUGCAGUGUGAUGUGAGAGACCCUGCAUCAGUGACGGCCUGUGUCGAUGAACUUAUCAAUGUCGCUGGGCUCCCUGAUGUGGUAAUCAACAAUGCUGCAGGAAACUUUAUCUCUCCCUCCGAGAACCUCUCCGCCAAUGCCUGGAGAACCAUAACAGACAUAGUUCUGAACGGAACUGCAUUCGUAACCCUGGAGGUCGGGAAAAGGCUGAUAAAGGCAGAGAAAGGCGCAGCGUUCUUGGCCAUAACCACGAUCUAUGCGGAGAGCGGCUCAGGUUUCGUGGUGCCCAGCGCCGCGGCCAAAGCGGGAGUCGAGGCUCUGUGCAAGUCUCUGGCAGCCGAAUGGGGCAGGUAUGGCAUGCGGUUUAACAUCAUUCAGCCCGGGCCAAUAAAGACCAAGGGCGCCUUCAGCCGCCUGGACCCGACGGGCAUGUUCGAGAAAUCGAUGAUCGGUCGGAUACCGACGGGGCGUCUGGGCACUCCCGGAGAGAUAGCCAAUCUGGCAGCCUACCUCUGCAGCGACUACGCCACCUGGGUCUCGGGGGCGAUCAUUAGGAUGGACGGCGGGGAGUAUGUGUCGAUGGCUGGCGAGUUCAAUGACCUGAAAAAGGUCACCAAGGAGCAGUGGGCCAUGCUGGAGACCAUGAUCAGGAAGACCAAAGGGUCUUAAGGACAGCCACUGUUCAGUCAAUGGAUUGGACUGCUCUGUAUGGGAUUACGCAGUGUGUUGCCUACCCUGGGGAUGGGAGAGUGUAGCGGUCCUGUAAUGUGGCAGCUCCUGCAAGUUAGAUGUGUUUUGGGCAGUGAAUGGUAUUGUAGGAAACCACAGGAUGAGAAAUCCCCUCGAUAUCAGAGAUGGUGCUGUACCCCAGGUCUGCGAGUGAAAGCUUCUUCACAGCCUUACAAAUCAGAAAUGCCAUACUGUGUUUCAAGAUGUGCCUCUAACAAGCAUUAAUCCCUUCAUAAUUUCGCUGUGUUAAGUGGAUGACUGAUUUAGUACCUAUGCUCCGUCGGUUUGUACAAAUGCCAGUUUUUAAUAAAAAUGUCCAUGUUCCA